GUGGCUCUUCCCUGGUAACAUCAGCUGGUGCCGGCUCCGGGAUCAUGGGGGCUUUGGGGUGCACAUGGUGGUAUCUCUGCUUGCUCUUCUCCAUUAUUUCCCGGGACGACUUCACAGGAGGCAGCGGUCUCUCAGACAGCGACGAGUGUGCGAUGGGCACAGACGACUGCCACAUUGAUGCCAUCUGCCAGAACACCCCGAAAUCCUACAAGUGCAUCUGCAAGCCUGGUUAUAAGGGCGAGGGGAAACAAUGUGAAGAUAUUGAUGAAUGUGACAAUGAUUACAAUGGGGGAUGCGUUCAUGAAUGUAUCAAUAUACCGGGGAAUUAUAGAUGUACAUGCUAUGAUGGAUUUAUGUUGGCACAUGAUGGACACAACUGCCUGGAUGUGGAUGAAUGUUUGGACAAUAAUGGAGGAUGUCAACAGAUCUGUGUUAAUACAAUGGGGAGCUAUGAAUGCCAGUGCAAGGAUGGGUUCUUCCUAAGUGACAAUCAGCAUACUUGUAUCCAUCGCUCAAACGAAGGCAUGAAUUGCAUGAACAAAGACCAUGACUGCGCCCAUAUCUGCCGAGAGACGCCUAAAGUGGGAGUGGCAUGUGAGUGUCGUCCAGGCUUCGAACUUGCAAAGAACCAGAGGGACUGUACAUUAACCUGUAAUUAUGGAAAUGGAGGCUGUCAGCACACCUGCGAAGACACGGACACAGGCCCAGUAUGUGGCUGCCACCUGAAAUAUGCCCUUCACUCAGAUGGUAGAACGUGUAUUGAAAAGGAUGAGGCUGCAAUUGAGCGUUCUGAGUACAAUUCCACGUCAGUUACUGAUGUGGACAAGCGGGUGAAACGGAGACUCCUUAUGGAAACGUGUGCUGUAAAUAAUGGAGGCUGUGACCGUACUUGCAAGGAUACGGCGACGGGAGUUCGAUGCAGUUGCCCUGUGGGAUUCACCUUACAACCAGAUCAGAAGACUUGCAAAGAUAUUGACGAGUGCCUAGUAAAUAAUGGUGGAUGUGACCAUUUUUGCCGCAACACAGUUGGAAGCUUUGAAUGCAGCUGCCAGAAGGGAUACAAGUUACUGACAGAUGAACGCUCCUGCCAAGACAUUGAUGAGUGUUCCUUUGAGAGGACCUGUGACCACAUCUGUAUCAACUACCCUGGAAGUUUUGAAUGUCUCUGUCACAAGGGAUACACACUCUAUGGAAUGACCCACUGUGGAGACACUGAUGAAUGCAGCAUAAAUAAUGGCAGCUGUGACGCCGCCUGCAUAAACACUCUGGGAAGCUAUGACUGUGCUUGUCCUUCUGGGAAGAAGCUGCAUUGGAAUAAGAGGGACUGCAUUGAGACGGCAAAAUGCAUCCCCAGCCACAAACCGACCCCAAAAGCUCAGCUCAUCUGCAGUAAAUCAGCAGGGAUAGAUAGCUGCUUCUUGUCCUGCUCGGCCAACACUCUUUUUGUACCAGAGUCUGAGAACAGUUAUUUGCUGAGCUGUGGCAUGCCUGUGCAGCAGAGCAAGGCGGUCCUGAAGCGCAACUCAACACUACCAACAUGCUCAGAUCCCAUAGGACACCCUAUAACCCAGAAAGCUCGGUUCAAGAUUAAAGAUGCCAAGUGUCACCUGCGUCCACGGGGUAAAGACAAAACCAGAGACUCUUUAAAGCAGUCACUGAUGGACAGCUGCCAUGUUACAUAUGUGAACCUGAAAUGCGACUCCUCUAAGAAAAAAAGAAGAGGCCGUAAAUCUCCAUCUAAAGAGGUCUCUCAUAUUAUUGCAGAAUUUGAGCUGGAAGUGAAGCGAGAUGAGGUUUCAGACUCGUGUAAUGCAGACUGUGUGCGGAAAAGGAUGGAGCAGAAGUUACAGGCUGCCAUUAAAACUCUGAGAAAGUCAAUCAACAAGCAGCAGUUUUACAUCCAGUUCUCGGGUAUAGACUAUGAAGUGGCACAGAAGCCAGCUAAAGGCACUGACAACCAGGAGGCAUGCAGCACGGGGCAGGUCCUGCAGGAUGGAAAGUGUGUCACCUGUGGGGCAGGCACAUACUACAAUGGAGAGACCAAUCACUGUUCCCCCUGUCUACCCGGAACAUACCAGGACAUGGAAGGCCAGCUGUCAUGUGAACCUUGUCCAAGUAACGAUGGCAUGGGCAUUCUUGGAGCAAGAAAUCUGUCUCAAUGUGGAGGGCAGUGUCCCCCAGGACAUUACUCUGCUGAUGGAUUCAAACCAUGCAAACCUUGCCCACUGGGCACUUACCAACCAGAUCUAGGACGCACACUCUGCUUUCCAUGUGGAGGAGGAUUGAUCACAAAAUAUGAAAGUGCGGUUUCUUUCCAGGACUGUGAGACAAAAGUUCACUGUUCUCCUGGACAUUUCUACAAUGCCUCCACCCACAGAUGUAUCAGAUGCCCAAUAGCUACUUAUCAGCCAGAAUUUGGGCAGAAUUUCUGUAUUACCUGCCCGGGGAAUACCAGCACUGACUUUGAUGGCUCUACAAAUGUGACACAUUGUAAAAACCAACACUGUGGAGGGGAAUUAGGAGAUUACACAGGUUAUAUAGAGUCUCCCAACUACCCCGGAGAUUAUCCAGCCCAUGUGGAGUGUAUCUGGAACAUAAAUCCCCCUCAGAAAAGAAGAAUAUUGAUCGUGGUUCCAGAAAUCUUUCUACCAAUUGAAGAUGAGUGUGGAGAUGUACUAGUCAUGAGAAAAAGCGCUUCUCCAACAUCUAUAACCACCUAUGAGACGUGUCAGACAUACGAGCGACCUAUAGCAUUCACAUCAAGGUCACGCAAACUAUGGAUCCAGUUCAAGUCUAAUGAGGGUAACAGCGGGAAAGGAUUUCAAGUGCCUUAUGUCACAUAUGACGAGGAUUACCAACAAUUAAUAGAAGAUAUUGUCCGUGAUGGAAGAUUAUAUGCUUCAGAGAAUCAUCAAGAAAUUUUAAAAGACAAGAAGUUGAUCAAGGCUCUCUUUGAUGUCUUAGCACAUCCCCAAAAUUAUUUCAAAUACACAGCACAGGAGUCUAAGGAGAUGUUCCCAAGAUCUUUUAUUAAACUACUCCGCUCAAAAGUUUCCAGAUUUUUACGACCUUAUAAAUAGGUUUAUUUUUUUAAUUAGUGUUUUUUUUUUUUUUGUUUUUUUUUUUGUGGUCUUAAUCCUUAUUCUUUUAAAUACUUCAUCCCUUUUUGCAGUAAUCACUGCUCCACAUAAAAGACUUGUUUUGUAGUCUUAAUUUUCCAAUUCAUUCAAAAGAUUAAAAAACAAAACAAAAAGGGCUUAUUUGACAAAUGAUUUUAUGGACGCCGCACUGAGUAAUCCUCUUUUCAGCUUUCCAAUUUAGCCGAGGUACAAUAAUCCUCACAUCUCUACAAACCUUCUCCUGCCACACCCUGCAUCCUGCACCUUGAUCCUCAAAGCUGCAAUAUCAAGUUCUUCUCAAAAAGUAGACAAGCUGCUGUGUACAGUGAUAUGAAACCUAACGAUAGACAACUGCAAUUAUCCAUAACCACACAACAAGAUGUGGCUCAGUGAGCAAGUGCAAUCCUUUGGCUAGAACUCAAGGUUCUAUGAACUCAAUAUAACAGUAUCCUACUUGUGUCUUGAUGUUCUGGGAAUUUUUGGAUUGUGUUUUUGAAUUUAGGGGGCAUCCAUAGCAUUUGAGAACUGAUUGUCUUUGCUUACACACAGUCCUGUUCAUAAACGAUGUAAUCGUGAAGAAUGGAUUGCUCUAUAUGAUAAUCUAUCUACAGCAUCAAUGCCCCCAAACGCAACAUUUAAACUCUCUGCCUCCUUUUGCACUGACAUUAUUUCCAAAAGUCAAGGUAUUCUCUCCACAAUGCAUAUGGUGAUUGCUCUGCUAUACACAGGAGAUAUAUCCACUCCGAUCUGGCAUGGAAGGCUCAUGGACUAUAUUUGCACCUCUUGGACUGUAUUGGGGUCUUCACAGAGUAAGGAUUACACACACAUCAUCUCUGUGUUGGCUUAAGAACUUUUUUUUUUCAUCUCUUCAAGUCACAGGAAGUUGGCGUAUUCUUGUUUCUCCAGUUGGUUUAAGAACCUGCCUGCAAACGAGUAUUAUGGCAAGAGAGCGAAGUGUGUAGUAUAAUUAAUAUUUUAAAUUGCACUUGAAUUUUGUAUGUAAUGUUAGGGGGAAGAGGUUUUUUUUAUUUUGUUUUUGUCUUUUAUAUUUUUAUUUUUUUAGAUCGUAGGAUUAUAAUCUAAAACCAAAAAUAUACCGGCUGUAUAGUGUUUUUUACAUUCUGUGUAUAAAAGACAGCCCUUGAUCAGUCCUUGGUGACACAGGCGAUGGCACACUAGACUUUGGUGGGCCAUAGGCUGCUUAUUUUAUCUCAGAUUAAGAGUUUUUUCCGUAACAAUGAUUUCAGUAUCAUGAAGGGAUUCUGAAAAUGUGGCCCCACUGGAAUUAACAAAGUUACAGCCCCAGACAAAAGUGUGUGUGAAUGUGAGUGAUGUCUGGAUAGUAGACAGAGAAGUAAUGGUGGAUGUGCUCUUCUGGUCAACCAUAAGUUUAUACUUCAAAUAUUUAAAAAAAUGAUUGUGCUAUAAAAGUGCUAAAUAGUCCAAGAACAGGAAGGAACUUCUCUAAACCUUUGCACCAUACCUAGCCAACUACAUUUUCUCUUAAAGAGAGCAACUACCAUAUUGAUCCUGAAAGGCCGCAAUCGCCCUCCCCACCCAUCUUAACAUGGCUGGGAUCCUAGUACAGUAUAUGAUUAAAGGGUAUGUACAUUAUCUCUUUUGAGCAUCUUGUCCCUUUUGCUUCAUUAAGCUUCAUUUGUAGAUUUCCAUAGGAAAGGUAACAGGCAUUACAAGUGCAUUCUGCAUUGGGAGCCUAGUAGCUUGAAGACCCAGAAAGCUGUUAGUGAAGAUGACUAAAGAUAGAGGGGCACAGCGCUCCUUCAUUCUAGAGAUCAGUGGAAAUCUUGCAUCAUGGGCCCUGAAGAAUAACCUAUUUUACUGGGAGAUCUUAGAAGAUGUGCAUACUCUUAAAAUAUAUCUCUACUGCCAGGGGUGGACUGGAAAUUUAAAUGGCCCUGGAAAAAAACUAAAAGUGGCCCCAUGUUGUAGGUAGGUCCAAAUUGACACCUACACUUGAAACAAGAAUGGGACUGAGGCUGAUUUUGUAGAAGUAAUUUUACUACGAGCAGAACUUGUCUGGGGCUGUUAACCCUCAUGCCGGAUCAGCACAAUGUGGCGCAUAUGAGGUUAAUGUUUCUCUCAUUGUUUAUACUUUUUUAAUUCCUUAUCAUCUCAAGUUUUUUCCCCAACAUGAAAUGCCCCCACCAAGAAAAAAAAUGUACAGAAAUUAUUAAAAAUUUCUUUGAUAUCUAAGUAUACAGUUACAAUGUAGUGUGUAUUUUAUUUAUUCUGCCAUUAGCUUAGUGUUAUUAGUGGACUCACUUUUACGAGAAACGCAAAGAUUUUUUUUCUUAAAUAUUUUUGUUCUGUACCACUUUAAAUACAAAUCUGAAUAUUAAACUACUCAUUGUACAUGGCAGCCAUUUUGUGGACAGGGCUCUUUAUUGGAGAUAAAAUAGCUGUCCAUUCAUUGUUCAAGAUCUGUUGUUUCAGGAAAUCUAUUAUUGAAUUUAUUUUCUUAAAAUUUGUUCUAUUCAUUCUAUAAAAUGUUGACAUUAAAGACCCAAUUUUUUUAACCUGUGAUGAAUUCACAUGACUCCUUAACAGUAAAGGAUAAAUAGAGGGAAUCUCCGGAGUAUAAGGCCGAAUGCACACGGACGUGAACGGUCUGUGGUAUCCCGGCCUGGCAUCCUGCUGACAGCUGGAGCGCACGGCGUCAUUGUUUGCUAUGACGCCGUGCGCUUCAUGCCGCCACUGCACUACAGUAAUACACUCGUAUGCAUUCGGCCUAAGGCUCUGUUCAGAGCUAUACAAAGAAACCCCCUAAGUUUAUUUUUUUUAAUUGAUUGUUAAAAAAUUAUUAGUUGGUUGUUAAUUGGUAAUGACCUAAUAAUUACCCACAAAACCGCAUGACCAUAACCAGUCAAAACUAUCAAUUUUAACUAUUUGAAAAACAAGUUUACGCGGCUUUCAGACACAUUCAGGUUGUAUCUCGGGUUCCCGGCUUUCAUUCCAUUAGACCGUACUCUCAAGGUUGAGAUCCUUACCCCUGUUACUUUGAUGAAACCAACAUCAAGCACAAGCUCCUAGCUGCAGUCCACCAGUGUCUUCUCAAUGACGGUGACUGCCAUCAUCUUGUAUCUUAUGGUAGCAGUCAACAUAUAAUUUAUGGAACUCAACAAUCCCUUAAAAGGGGAAAUAUUUAUUAAAAAUUAUGGAGGAAUAAAAAAAAAAAAAUUUUGCCUUGUUGUAAAAGUGAAUUCACCGGUCCAGAAAUGUCUUGUAAUAUACAUCCAUAAAGUGUACAUAUGUUGUCUUAGUUGUAAUAUUUAAACCUUUGAUAUUCCUUGAAAAGGUCAAAUAUAUAUGUAAAACAUCACACUCUUGCUUACGGCUUAUAACUAAAACUCUGUAUUAUACUCGUAGACAAAAUGCCAGUCUCGUUGUACCAUAAACAAGUUUGCAUCUAAAUUGCCAAGAAUGUAAUAAAAAAAUGACUUUAAUUUUA